UUUACUGGCACACGAGACGCUAAGGAAUUUAGGCUUUCGGCUGGGAUCAGACCGGUCGACCCUACCUCCCGAAGGCGAAAAUUGGACCUUCUGAAACCUGGAGGAUGUGCAUUAAAACGACGCGGUGUCUACAUCCUGUUUGUCCCCUGGGAUAUUUGUCGAUCAUCCUAUUCGUUUGUUAAAUUCCGGCGACAGUAGCUUCAUGAUCGACCCUGCACGAGAAACGGGCAGCUCCGUCUCAAUGACUGGGAGGAUACCGUGCUGUUGGAACUUCAACCCUUACCCGUCUCCUCGCCUUUGCUUACGCUCGUCGUCGUCAAGCGUAAUUUACUCUCCUGAUGGCCGCUAACGUCAACCCGGAAUUGAUGGCCCCUCCGCCCGACCCAAAUGAGUCCCGACAAGGCGUUCUACUUGGGCCUCUCACAGUACUACUGCUCCUUUCCUUGGGGUUUUAUGGCUUACGGCUCUACUCACGGAUCCGGCCGAAGAUGAGGGUCAGUUGGGAUGAUUAUAGCAUCACCUUAUCAGUUAUAUUGGCUAUAAUUCUGUUUGGUGUGACGUGCCAGAGCGCGGCCUACGGCUUUGGCCGCCAUGCAAUUACCGUCACUCCCAACCAUAUGGUUGGGAUUAUGCUCUUGACCUACAUCUCCCAGCUUGCGCUGAUGUGGUCGGUGACCUUCACGAAGAUCAGUGUAGCCUUCAUGCUCCUCCGCAUCCGACGAAGCAAGAUCUGGAUAUGGGGCAUGUGGGGCUCGAUCGUCAUUCUUAUGGGAGCGGCCAUCGCGUACACUGUCAUUAUAUCAACGGAAUGUAUACCGACCAGCGACUUUUGGAACCGAGCUGUGAAACCUGAGUUAGCAGCGCACUGCAGAAAACCAAAGAAAGGAUUCUAUACCGUAAUUUCAACUUCAAUCAUUAUUAUCAUCAGCGACGUGUUUUUCUCUCUCAUCCCGCUCACCUUCAUUUUCAAAAUCAAUCGACCCCUCCGCGAAAAGAUAGUCCUCGCCAUUCUCAUGGCCAUGGGUCUCUGCGCAUCAGUUGCAAGCAUCGUUAGGGUGGUCAGCGGCGUCUCCGUCUUCAAAACCCCCGAUAAUGGUUCAACCGCGUCCCUCAUGGACCCCACCUGGGAUAGCGUGUACCUACUGGUAUGGGGCUUUGUUGAGGUCUACCUUGGAAUCGUUGCCGCUUGCGUGCCGUGUCUCAAGGCAUUCUUUGAACGUGCCCUGAGACGUGUCGGCAUCACCGUCAACGGGAGCAGCAGAACCAGCGGGGCCCAUCCAAGUCAAUGGACCACGAUGCGGCGGGGCGCUUAUGACUUAAAAUCGGAGAGCCCAAGGUCGAGGGGUGCUUGGCCAGGCCAUACCAGCGAUUGUUACCCAGGAACCUACGAUAACAGCGAAUACGAAUUACUUGAGUCCGACAGAGUUGUUCUGAAGCAGACGGACUUAGAUAUUCGCACGGAAUUCGUGAAAUCUUGAGUUGCUAUUACAUUUUGUUCUUCCUUACCCUUUUUCUCCUUUCAGAUUUACACGGCGGAUACGCUGUGUCUACCGUUCCCCCCAAGGCAGAUUCUGUAUAAAAAGUCGGAUACACUGGAGUUAUCAGUAUACGGUGUGAGACGCAACGGCCCAACCAACUGCGACACAAUGCCAAAAGAGACACCAGUAUCCAUGCUCAGGCGGAACCUGGGUAUUGGGCCUUAUAUACUGCAAGGAUCCUUACAUACGGAGUCAGGAAUUAGUGGAGUGCUGUAUAUGAUAAGCAUUCCGAACUCAUGGUCCUGGGAGUAUGGCAUUCGAUUCAGCGUAACGAAACGAGUCCCAUGAUGGGACAUAUUAUACAUAAUACUACCGCUCCUACAUUGGAUUAUGACCGGCCAACGUCAGAAGCUGCACAAGCCAAUGAGAAUUGUCUUUCAAGUCAAAAAACAGC